GCAGCCCGCACACGCCGUGUGUUCGGUUCGCAGCUGAGCGGAGGGCACCACGCGAGACACACUCACAGCAUAAUAACACUCCUUAACGCGACCGUUAGUUUAGUCGCAGUCUUUAGUCUCUAGCUGACGCACACACUGUCUGAACCGGGGCUGGCCGCCGUCGCCAUCGUGCUUGCGUAUCACUUGCGCGCGUGUCUACAGCAGCAGCAGCUUUUGGUGCGCUGCGUUUGUGUUUGGGCGAGGGAUUAGUUGUUGGUGGGACGAAAGUGGACGAAAGAAAGGGUUACAAAUUGCAACGUAAAAAUGUCCUUCCGAGUACGGCAAUGAAAACACUUUAGAGUGCGGGAUUUGUACACGAUCGAGUAGGCUUUGCGCGAGGCCCACCGUCUCAAGAACGGCCAAGCCAGCUGAUACUUUGCCAAAGGGGUGUGUGUGUGUGAGUGUUGAUUGUUUAACUGUUGUUUGUGCGUUCUGUAAACUGCUUGUGUGUCUGCCGAUACUGACAGUGAAAGUGCAGCGUGUAAAUCGAACCCCGUGCUGGGUGAAGGGAACAAUUUGUGCGGUCUCACAGAAACACAAUCCAGCACCGUUAAUUACUACGCCCGUCUGAAGGUGUCCUAACCGGUAACGAUUAAUGUGUGGCAUAAAACGUACACAAGUGGUGGAAAAGGCAGUGCCAAAGCGAUGCAAAACCAGUGAAGUGUCGGUGUCGAAGUGAGUCCGUUUCCUGUUGCGAAGGGAGCUUCGUGUGCAGCACUAAUGUACUGAAGAAUUCCGUAACCAUCUCCAAAACAAACCAUUUCUUCAAUUUUGAUUGCACGCACCAUAAAGCUCGCCCACGGAAGGAACAAGCGAGCGUGUCGGUCGGGUCCGGGUCCGUACUGUCUGUCUCAGCGCUCACACCCUUCGCCAGCGCUAAUGUGAUUGUCGUAAACGACUCCAACACGUCCGACUUGGUGUUGUUCUACUCAUUAACGCUUCCGCCACGGAAUAAUAGCAUCAGUGCGCGCGCGAGAGCUGGCGGGAUUUUUAUGUAUUUUUGCACGCAUCAUCGCACACCGGCCUGUCAUCGGCAGAGACGCACGCCAGCUCGCCGUUUGAGUGUUGAGUGAUACCGGAAAAGCGCCGUGACACCGGGAAGAAGGGAUCGUAUUGUAACGGGACACCGCCUCCGUUCAUCCAUCCCGGCAGUGUUGUUGUUGUGCAGCAGCUUCCCGCUUGGCAGUGAUGUACCCACUUUCGGCGAUGCUUUGCUGAGACGAAACGAUGGAAUAUGGAGGACGGUGGAGCGGACCCCGAGAACAACAAUAGUAGCCACUGUGGAAUGUUAGGUAUCAGCAUGCCAUGCGAAGGAGCCGGCCAUGACUUUAGCACCGUCCGGAAGGAACUGGAGUACGCGAACGCGAUCGCAGCAGCGCACUACGGCGCCGCCUCGGACAAGGGCGAUCGCAUCCUUAGCUAUAAACUAGAGAAUAGAAGACGAAGUGAGCACUGUAGCCGGUCGAACAGUCCAUUUCUCAACCCAACGCCGGCCGAUCUAGAGGGCCGGUGUAGCAACAGCAGCAAACCGACGGGAAUCCUGCGUACCGUCGCCCAGGACAAGAUGUCACCACUCUCGAUGCCCACCGGCCCGAGCGCCACAUCGACGACGGCCGCCGCAGCCGCCGCAGCCGUGGCCGCCGCCCAAGUACACCUGAACGGAACUAUGCAAGACAUGAUCAAUCUGCAGAAGCUGCAAAGCCUAGCCCAGCUAACGGGGGCAAGCGUUCUCGGGCCGAGUUUGGGGCUGCCGACGUCCCCGCUGCUGGGCAACUCUCCCCUCAACCUAAGCCUCUCGGGUCAGAACCACAGCCCGCAGGUGUUGGGGCUCGGGCCGGCUGCCCCAAUUGCAGCGGCCGCACCCCAGAUGCCUCAGCUGCUGCUCGCGUCCGGUCAGAUUAUGCAGGGCAUUCAAGGUGCCCAGCUACUCAUACCGACGUCUCAAGGCAUUGCAACUCAAACCAUCCUGACGAUCCCGGUCGGACAGCAGGUGAUAUCCAACAUGAGCAGUGAGGCGCUACUACAAUCGCUGAACUUUAACAACUCGCUGAGCGAAACGCUUAGCUCGCAGGCGGCCCAAGCGGCCGCGGCUGCUGCUGCCGCCAGUGGUGGUCUCUUCGCUCCACCGAGGGAUGCCCAGGGAACCGGGUCCGGUGGUGGGUUGCUUUCUACGCAGCUGCUCGGUUCGGCUGCUGGAGCGCACGCGCAACAACAUUCCCCGAAAGGUUUGCACUACGCCAACCAUCACCACCAUCACCACCAUCACCAUGGAGAUGUGAAGUUUAAGCCAAACGCUUCCUCCACCUCCUCCUCGUCCUGCUCCUCUUCGUCGGUCGUCGUAUCGGGGGCGAGCUGUAUGUCCUCGGUUCAUGAUACCCACCGGCAGCAACACCUUCCGCCCGGCCACUCGCUGUCGUCCGCGUCUGCCUCCUCCAACACGCUCGACCAUCGUUCGGCGGUCGCUGGACGCAUGACACCGGACAUGCAUCGGGUGAAACUGCAGGCGGGCGACUCGCCGAAGCGAAUCUCGCUCGUCGCAUCCUCUCCACCCGUGUCAACCCAUAGCCGACCGGCCAGCUACGCCUCCUGCUCGUCCUCACCGUACGACAAAUCGAUGACGCUGAAGCGUGCCCUUUCGCCACCGGCCACCCUGAACUGUACCACGCCGAGCAGCAGCAGUAGCGGCAGCGGCCACUCCAGCAACGGCCAUCUGCAGGUGAACGUCCACAGUGCCAUCAGUGCGGCGAGUCCACGCUCUCCAUCGGACGCCAGUGCAAUCAACAGACUUGGUCUACCGACUGGUGGAGUGGAUCUGCUCCCAUCCAAGUCGAAACUAUCGCCCGGUGGUUCGUCCAGCUCUGGCCUACCGCUCACCAAGGAUCAACCUUCAAGUCAUCCCCAUGCGUCAGUCUCGCCAUUGCACCACCAUUCCUCCUCGGGACCGUCGGCACCGGGAUCGACUGGUCGGCCAGGGUCCUGCGAUCUGGAGCUGAUAGAGCAGCAUCAGCACCAACAGCAGCAGCAUCACCGGGCUCCGUCGGCGGACGACCUGGAGCUAGAGAAACCGUCCACCGUCGGCAGUAGCAGCGGUACGGUGCAUCAGCUACAGAAGCGAUCCCAUCACAGUGCAGCCAGCACACCGCCACCGAAACUGAGCCCGGCCGGAUCGACCGGUCGGCUAUCGCACAGCGACGACGACGAUGACGACGCAUCGAACCACGAGUUUCUGGAAGAGCAUCCAAAUGAGUUAACAAUCAAUCAAACUAAUUGCAACGUGGUGGACGGUAUCGAUCUGGACGACAUCAAGGAGUUCGCCAAGGCAUUCAAACUGCGGCGACUGUCGCUCGGGCUCACGCAAACCCAGGUCGGCCAGGCGCUGUCCGUCACCGAGGGACCUGCCUACAGCCAGAGUGCCAUCUGCAGUGCUCUCGCCGCCCAGAUGUAUUGUGCAGCGCAACUUUCAUCGCAGCAGCAGCAAAUGUUUGAAAAGUUAGACAUUACUCCCAAAAGCGCACAAAAAAUCAAACCCGUGCUCGAGCGCUGGAUGAAGGAGGCGGAAGAAAGUCAUUCAUCUAGGUACAAAUCGGGCCAAAACCACGUGCCAGACUUUAUCGGUGUGGAACCGUCCAAGAAGCGGAAACGAAGGACGUCCUUUACGCCGCAAGCGCUCGAGCUGCUGAACGGGCACUUCGAGCGCAACACGCAUCCUUCCGGAACGGAAAUUACCGGCCUAGCCCAUCAGCUCGGGUACGAGCGGGAAGUUAUACGCAUCUGGUUCUGCAACAAACGCCAAGCGCUCAAGAACACCGUGCGGAUGAUGUCCAAGAGCUUCAAGAUGGAGAAUACUUAAACAAAAAACUACACACACACACACAUCAUCCAAACCGUGCCCGCGGGACAGACAACUUUAAUCGCGAACCGUAGCCAUAUAAAAUAAGGUGCCAUUCCGAUAUUUGAAUAUUGUAUAGUUAUGUAGGAUAUACGGUAGCAUGAUAUUCUAGGAGAUACGUACGUAAUGAGAGUGAUCGUGGCGAUAUAGGAUUGUUUUGCUUUAGUUUUGUUCUGUUUUCCCGGACGACCCUCACUGUGACACAAACAAAGCUUUGCUUCAGAUUGGAAAUGACCUUCGGUUUUUUGCCUUCCCACCGUUUCUGGUUCCACAAACACAUUCCAAGCUGUCAGAUAGGAAAAAGUGUAGAGAGCUAACAACAGCGGAGUAGUAAUGUUGAGUUUAUCUCGAAAUAUGUUGCACCAUUGCACAACACACUCCUUCCUUGAUAAUUGUUUUGUAACAUUCGUCGAUCGAUUCUGUUUGCUUCGCAUCUUGUGUGAACUCGUGAAACCAAAGUUCCUAAUCUUUAUAGUAAGACAACCAGCACACAGAAACCACGUAAAAGAGCAAACAAACCCAUUAAACAUAACACAUUGUCAGCAAAACCCCAGAUGGAAAGCGACCUUUCCUACACACAACCCAACUCAUAGCUGCUGGAAACUAUCUGUACAUGAUAACUAUCGAAAAAUGAAGACAAAAUCUCCUUAUCUCUCUCUCUCUGAGAUACCGUCGUUGGUGUAAAGUGUCACUCUGAUUGGAACACUGUAGUUGUAAACCAACCCAAUAGCCGUGAGUGUGUAAUAAUUGUAUAAAACAAAACCACAGAAGAAAAUCGUCGUAUCACAAAUGAAAUUCGUGCAGUUAUCGAUCCACUUUCGAGGCGUUUUGUAUAUUGAUUUGUAUUAACAAACAGCACAGAUGUUGUACAACAAAUAUCUAGUACCGAGUAGCAAGAGCAAACCGUAUCUAUUUGUUGUGAGCCAUUGAAAUUAUUAUUCGUACCGAUGAGCAUUCAUCCCACUACAACAAACGUAUCUCAGCGAUCGGUGUAAAAUGUAUGAAUUUUAUGUUUGCAAGUCACGCUUAUCCCACGAAACCAUGAAGAAUCUAUAUCUGUUGGGUAGGAAAAUGUGUCAAAUAAACAUAAAGGAACAACAAAGUCUACAGAGAGGCAGCAGAAUCACAAACAGCAACACACCAUAGAACAGGAAACAACAAAUGCUAUGCACCUUAUACUAUAAACACGAGAGGAUCACACGUGGAAGAGUCCAAUUAACUGUUUGAAAUCAUCCCAUGAAGCGCAAAACAAGCACCGUCAAGUAUGUGGAAAAGAUUGAAUAAAACUCAUUAAUAAUCGGAACUCGAAUCGGAGGGUAAAGAAAGCUGAUGAUCAGUGUCACGUUGUCACAGGGACGAAGCUGUACGAGUUAAGCAAGAGGUGCAAUUUGAGCAGUGUAAUGGGCCGGGUCGUCAUAUCAAGCCAAGAGCGUUAAAAUGUAAGAUUUAAGGCACCCCCUGUACGAGAGUAAUAAUUAAAGAACCUAUGAAAAAUACAUUUUGCAAUGCAAUAUUUUGUAAAA